CAUCGCUGGAAGGAAAGGAAGGAACUGGUGUGUGGAGCUGGCGGGGACCGGCGCGGCGGCCGCACAGUCGCGGAGCGCGCGCCAGCUGAAGCGGCCACCACCCACCGACAUGGACUACUUGAUCUCACUGCUGCUAGUGCUGCCCUGCGUACGCGCAGGCGUCUACCCGAGCGGACCGAGCUCCUUCGGACUGGGCGGCGGGUUGAUAGACCUGCGCAGCCACGCCUACCCGGUGUACGCCAGCGACUCCUCCGGGGAAGAGUACGAGGCCUUCGCCGUCGCCACGCUGCCGCAGCACCCGCCCGUGCGCAUCGUGCAGAUAUUCUCGCCGCCGCACCGGCAGCCCGCGCUCGGGCGGCCGCGGCGCCCGGCGCGGCGCCCGCGCCCGCAGCCCGACGCGGACGCGUACUCGACCCACAACGAGCGGCGCUACGAGCCCGUCGAGUACGAGGAAGUCUACGCUUCCGAGGAAGAAGCCCGCCCCAAGUACUCCUACUCCAAAUCUCGCGACCAGUUCGAGGACGAAGACACGGUGGUGAUGUACGCGCGGCCCAACAGGAGCGGCGGCUACACGUACCGCCGCGCGCAGUCCGCUCGCGUGACGACGCCGCUGGCGACGCCCGCGCCGUCGCCCGCGGUCGUGCUCAUGCCGGCGGCCGCGCCCUCGCCGACGGCCGUGCUGGUGCCGGAGCCCUCGCCGUCGCCGACGCCCACGCCCACGCCCACGCCGCGCGCGAGGCAGUCGGAGCCGGUCAUUAUUAGAAUUCAUAAGUAUAGGGUCAUUCACUAGAACACUUGCUUCUUGAGUGUUUUAUACAAAAAUUGUGACGCCACUUAUGUGCCGUGACAACUAGUUAGUACUAUAAUAUUGUUUGCUUCUAGACUCGAACCCCCCGCCGCCGUUGUUGGUCAGUUUUCCUUAGUUUGCUUAAAACAGAUAAACGACUCCCAGAAACCUUCUCGGAGAAAGGCGUAAGUGCCGCGAUUUGCCCGAGG